CCUUGGACCUCUUAGUUUGAAACACUCCCUCGCCCUCCAUCACUGUCCCACAUCCGCCAGAACGGCUCGCGGUUCACGGUUAAUACCUGUGCAUUCUUCCUCGCACCGCACACGUUGCGCUCGCUUUUUGUCUACGACAAUGAUGAUCAAUGAUCGUCCCUUACCCGUCACCCCUUUGCUUCCACACAAUAAGCUCUUCGCUCGCCGGAGACUACAGCUACUGCCUCUCUUUAUUGUUUAUCCACCCUAACCAUCGGGUAAGGAAGCGUCCCUGGGGUCUUGCGGGCCAGCCGAUCAGCGAAUGAGCACCCGGUAAUCAACCGUUUAUCUACAAUCAACUCCGUCACCCUGUCUUUUGUUCGCCGGCUAAGGGUGAUAAGGGUAAAUGGUAGACCUGUCUCCGCAAGGAUAAAGUUGCAACUACAAUAGACACACACCUCCCAGCAUAGAAAACGGACAUAGGGCAACAAUCUUCCACCCAAGCGUCGUAAGAUGAUGAAUAUAAGACUGCAGAGCUUAUCCUUCUCCAUUUCUUCUUCACAGUCCUCUUUCCCCUUUCCGCCCUCACCUUUAGUUCGUACCCUCGAUUCCUUAUUCUCAUAAACCAAGUGAUCUCCACAGCCGCUGCUACUACAAAACCCCCAAUUGUUAACCUUAAAUUGUCAUCCCAAAAUGCUCGAUACGACCCAUACCCGUGACAUCCGUGUUUCCCCGAAGAAUGGCCCCUCAUAUACUCGCCCAUCUCCUUCAUCGCAUUCGUUAUCCAACCUAUCGACUGCAGAAUUGCACGAACAACUGGAUAUUGAUCUCGACGACAUCGACGUUUGGAGUGAAGAGUCUGAAGAUACCGAAGACUAUAAGGGUACGAAACCGCUGAGGGUGAAGAAGAAGAAGAUCAACUUUACUACCGGUAGAGUCGUCGCCAACCGCAGACACAGACGCUCAACCAUUUCCGGGCCCCGCUCUCCUCACUCCCCUCGUUCAUUCACGUUUGCAUCUCCCAGGUCACCCAAGCUACCUGCUCCGAAGCGCAACCCCUCAGCCGCUACACCCUCCUCUGCGCACGCACAUAUUUCCCAACUCUUCUUCGCUCUCCCCGCCAUAUCUCCUUCACCUACUAUGCCAGGCCCAUACCCUUUUGCUUCUGCUUUGGGCACCAAACGCUCUUCCGGAUCAUCUCUCCAUCUUGGCCUUGGUAGGUUUACGAGCUACGACCCUAUCUGUCCUGGUCCCUCACCACCUGUUUCCCCUGCACCGUCACCUACCACGCGCUACACCUUUUCAAACGUUCACGAGCACAACGCCAAUUAUUCAUCAUCGGCAUGCACAUACGAGCGUAAAACCCUCCCUACCAUCCCUGGCUCCCCACUCACACCUUCUCGUGCACCUCGCAAAGCCGCCGAACUCCUGGGUGCUAUUCCACCAACGACCAUCUCAAAAGCUGGUAUGAGGAAACAUACCGCUUCUGCGCUCAAGCCCGGGAAACAUUUCCGGCCCUUGCCAAACGCAGCAAUAACAGAGAUCGAGCGAUUCUUUGGUGACGUACCCAGAAAACCAUCCAAAACGCCUCCCGGUCUCAAAUCCAAAUCGAACAAAUCGAAAUCCAAACCCUCCUCUCAUCCUUUCGCCAUGAAACCUUCUUCACACUCUAGUUCGUCAAGAUCGGGAGAAGAUGUUCACCGAAAAUCAGAUCGGGAGACCAUCGGACAGGGCGAGACUGUCAAACACCGCGCGCCGGACGGAUCAAUGUGGUUGGACGUAGAAGAAGAACAAGAGUUUGCAUGGUUAAUGGGUGACGCCCUCGCUGCUGUCCCUCCCGCGCCUUUACCCUCUGUUGCAGCUGUAGAGGCAAAGGUCAAGGCAAAGGGGGAGGCGGAGGCAAAGCCGGUCGAAGGGAUUGUAAGGUUUAUAGAGAGGAAAGAAGAGAGGCAAAGGAUGAAGCAGUUGGAUGAGAUGGAUGUUCUUUGUGGAAGCGAUGGGGAGAGUGAGAAGUGGGGUAUGGAAGCGUUUACCUCUAUCCUUUCUAUCCCCAAACCCAAAUCUUCCUCUACCAAAUCUAAACCCAAAUCCAAAUUCUCUAGAAAGAACCCCCCGAAAACGGACAUAACUGCCUCCUUUCUCGAGAUGGAAACCCCCAAACGCCGUGACUUUUCAUCCGACAUCUCUUCGCGCGAUAUCACAAACCUUCAUCCAUGGAAUCGACAUGUUAGAUCACAUUCAAACCCUACACCAGAUAGUCCCAAAUACGAGAUCUCCGACCCUAUCCCUCUCUUUGAGGAUAUCCCAUUGGAUUUCACUGUUCCGAGGGAUAUAUCGGCCAUUAUGCGAGCAGACUCGGGAGCGGGUAGCUCAAAGUUGAGAAACGGAAGAGGACUAUCAUCCUCCCCUCCUCGAGUGAAAAACCGUCCUCCGCCCAUCACCCUCCCUCAAUCAGCAAUCAAUGCUCGGCUUCCAGUUCUCACUGCUACCUCCCCCAGUGAUCUCGCUUUCCACCGCCCUCCAUCUUCAACAGUACAGGUUCAGGCAGAGCCAAUUGCAGCGCCCGCGCAUACUGCAUCUGGAACAAUGCCAACUACACCGUUUGUCAGACCUCGUGCCGCCCCCGCGGCUCCUGCACUGCGACAUCGACCGAGAGCCACCGGUUCCUCCCCUCCCCCGCCCGUACCGCUCAAUUCCCUUAUCCCCAUGUCUCCUGUACCUCCCAUUCCUCCUCUUCCUACCGUCUCAGCCACUGACAUUUCCAAGCCUUCUAACAAUGGAAAAUUGGGACCUUCUGCUACUACCGUUAGCAUUAGCAUUACAGGAUCGGGAAAGCCAAAUGACAUGAGGGAGAUAAGGAAGGGGGAGAAGGAGGACAAGGUCUCGAUUAGCUUUUUCGAGCCUGUUACGCCUGUUAAUCCGACACCGCCUGCGGGUGUGAAAGGUAAAGGGUGGCUGAAGAGGGUUGUGAAGCCUUUAAUGUCGUGAAAGAGUGUUAGUGUACUUCAAUGAACUAAAGCCGAUAGGUAGGGGCAAUCACAUAUGACGAGGAUAAAUAGGCUUUGCACAUUCGCAAGAAGGAUAUUGGGGACGAGCGUUUGUAUUAUACAUGUCUCUAAGAAUCAUAGAUGAUGUUUUUUCGUAAUGUUCAAACAAAAGUCGAAGUAUGCGUCAUUAUAUCAAGUAUUAGAUACCUAGAGUCCGAUUAUACAUUAUUAUAAUGCACAGGUCUA